CAGCUGCAGCGCCAGGGACGAGCCCGUCGCUCCCCUCCUGCCGCAGCCGCACUAGCGCCCGCCGUUCAGUCACAGCCGCGCUCCGUCUCGCCGCCUGGUGCUGCCGCCGGCCCCUCCUCGCCGCUCUUCUUCUUCUUCCUCUGCCCGCGGCGGGUCCGGGGCGCUGAGCCUCCUCGCCGCCGCCCUCCUCCUCCUCCUCCUCCUCCUCCUCUUUUUUCUUCCUUCCUGCCUUCCUUGGCUGCUGCAGCAGCGGCUGCUCCUCCGUGGCUCCCAUGGCGGCUCCGGGCAACAUCGUGUCCGUUAUGGCGAGUAAAACCAAGACCAAGAAGAAGCAUUUCGUGGCCCAGAAAGUCAAGCUCUUCCGGGCCAGCGACCCGCUCCUCAGCGUCCUCAUGUGGGGGGUGAACCACUCGAUCAAUGAACUGAGCCAUGUUCAAAUCCCUGUUAUGUUGAUGCCAGAUGACUUUAAAGCAUAUUCAAAGAUAAAAGUGGAUAAUCACCUUUUCAACAAAGAAAAUAUGCCCAGCCAUUUCAAAUUCAAGGAAUAUUGUCCAAUGGUUUUUCGUAAUCUGCGAGAGAGGUUUGGAAUUGAUGAUCAGGACUUUCAGAAUUCUCUGACAAGAAGUUGCCCGCUUGCUAACGAUUCUCAAGCUCGGAGCGGUGCCCGAUUUCACACCUCUUAUGACAAAAGAUAUGUCAUCAAAACUAUAACAAGUGAAGAUGUAGCAGAAAUGCACAACAUACUGAAGAAAUACCACCAGUUUAUAGUGGAAUGUCAUGGCAAUACACUACUUCCCCAAUUUUUGGGCAUGUACCGGCUUACCGUUGAUGGAGUUGAAGUAUAUAUGAUUGUUACAAGAAACGUAUUCAGCCAUCGUUUAUCUGUUUAUAGAAAAUACGAUUUAAAGGGCUCUACAGUAGCAAGAGAAGCCAGUGACAAGGAAAAGGCCAAAGAAUUGCCAACAUUCAAAGACAAUGACUUCAUCAAUGAUGGUCAAAAGAUUUAUAUUGAUGACACCAACAAAAAGAUGUUCCUUGAAAAACUUAAAAAGGACGUUGAGUUCCUUGCUCAGUUAAAACUUAUGGACUACAGCUUGCUGGUUGGAAUUCAUGAUGUUGAGAGAGCAGAACAGGAAGAGAUAGAAUGUGAAGAGAACGAUGAAGAUGAAGGAGAAAGCGAUGGGACUCACCCAAUUGGAACACCUCCAGAUAGUCCAGGAAAUACACUGAACAGCUUGCAGCCUUUAGCUCCAGGAGAAUUUGAUCCAACCAUUGAUGUUUAUGGAAUAAAAUGCCAUGAAAAUGCACCAAGGAAGGAGGUAUACUUUAUGGCCAUCAUUGACAUUCUUACUCAUUACGAUGCAAAAAAGAAAGCUGCCCAUGCUGCAAAAACAGUCAAACAUGGCGCCGGUGCCGAGAUUUCAACGGUUAACCCCGAACAGUAUUCAAAGCGGUUCUUGGACUUUAUUGCCAACAUCUUGACGUAACCUAAUGUUCCGUUGGACAGAUACAAGGUCUGGGAACAGCAGCAAUGGCUACAAGUGUGUAAGGGAUAACAGCUUCUUUUCAAAGGAACUCUCAAGUGCUCUCUUGCAGAAGGCAUCCCCCUUGUUUACAUCUGCUGGCAAAGAUGACCGACUGGGGUGAAAUACUUGCUUUAACAGCUGCCUGAUUAUGCCCAGCAUAGUUCUAGCUAUUUCUGAUGCGUGUGUGUGUGCGUGUGCGUGUGCAGAAACAAAUAUAAAUUAAACUAAUAAUAACUAAAAUAGGUCAGCUUCUUACUCGGUGUGUGCAUUGCAACAACAACAACACUCCGUGGAUACUAGCUGAAAUGGAAUGAAUGGUCAAAGGAGUCGGGAGGGGGGGAGGAAGGAAGGAAGGAAGAAUAUGUGCAUGUUAAGUUCUACAAUAUUGGUAUCAGAACUGUAAACUGUGGAUCAGUUUAUACUUUGAACUGAACGGUGCAAGACAGUAUUGGUGGUGAUGACGACUAUGACCUUUCUGCAAAUGUUACACUUAACGACCCUGCAUGUUGGCACUUCUUACGAAUAGCUCCAUGUGCUGGAAGCUUUCCUGUUGGCAACUUCUUAAAUUUUUAUUUUAUUUCAUUCAACUGGCCCAUCGCAACAGGAAAUAGUCUUCCACCAGAGUUCAGAGUUUUGGCUCUUCUUCUUCAUCUUCUUUUUACCAAGAUCUAACGCCAUAAUCAUGCUGUAUGUUCUUUGCCAAGGGUCAACUUAAUUGGAGGGGUGGGGUGGGGGUGGGCAGGAAUAUAGACUGUUUUAAUUGUCUUACUACAUGAAGAUUUUACACUGUGUGUUUAUCAUAUAGGAAUUGAGUAUGCUACAGAGGAAAUCAAAUCAUGCAUUUACAAAGAAAUGCAUGAUUUUAGGCAAUAAUAGUAUUUUCCACCACAUGAACAAAGGAAUAGGGGAUGUCUGUUCAUCUAUAACUGAUCAAAGAAGACAUUUAAUUGCUUACAUGUGCUGUUUUUAAUAUUUUAUUAAAAUAUUCCUUUUUUAAGCCCUAAAUUUUACUGUUUACAUUAAUAGGAAAACAGGGAUGCUUUUGAGUUUGUGCGCAGUAUGUGAAUCUGAAGUUUACAUGUAAAGUUAUUUCGCAGUACAGGUGAAGUAAUUUCUUGAAGUGUAAUAUGCAGCAAUGUACCCAAGCAGAUGCUUCAUUCACCUCCUUGAUAGAAGAUCUCUUUUUACAAUGGUGACAGAUUGUUUUGAGGUAUUUUAGGUGGCAUUUUUUAAUUAUUUCAAUAACAAUUAGCGGCAUUGUGUUUUGUUUCCAAAUUUCGUUAUUUUACUGAUUGCCUAAAAUCGUGCUGUCACCUGUAACCUGUUUUAAAGUUUGGGGGAAGGUUCCAAGCUUCAUAAAGGACAGAAUUAGAUAUGCUUAAAAUUACUACUUAUACACUGUGCUAAAAUUGUGCCUUUUUAACAUUCUUCGUGGAAACAAGAUAGGCAACUCGGAAAAAAAAGAAAAUCACACUCUCCCCCUGCAUCUUAUAACUUAGCCCAGGAGUGCCAGGCUGCCUUCUCAAAUGACGACAUGCCAGUGCUGUUAAGAUUGCAGUUGUGUAUAAUGUAUGUGGUGUUGACUUCAGAGAAAUCUGAUAAAAUAGCAGCUGAUCUUGCUAUUUUGUGUGGCCAAAGGCAAUACCAUCCUUGUACCUUUCUCCACUUUUUAAAGGGUUUUUGUGACCUUCUUAAACAUAUCUAAGUCAGUUUUAUUUUUCCGCCAAAGAUAAUGAACUUAAAAAGGGGCAGGGUUGUUAAUAUAAGCAACCAUCACUUCUUCCCUUGCGUUUGAUCCACAAAAAUUCUUGGACACUUUAAAGCCCACUGUAUCUAUGUGAAAGCAAGUGGAGGUUGAGAUUUACAGUGGCCAGUCAAGAACAUCCAGCCGUGUUAAUUUUACCCAAGUCAGGACUGCUCAGUGAUUGGCACUGGGAUCUCCCUGGUCUCCUUGGGGAAGGGCCAUAGCUCAGUGGUAGAACACAUGGUUUGCAUACACAAGAUGCCACGUCCUAUCCCUGUCAUCUCUAGGUAGGGCUAGGAAAGUUGCCAGUAGAGAGCCACUGCCAGCCAAUGCAGACAGACUGAUGUCCUGGCUUGGCAGAUUCUGGUCUUUCAUCUCAUCAUCCCUGCUGCUGCUGCCUCUUUUCCCCUUCUGCUGCUUGAGCAAACUUCCCAACCCGCUAUGGAGUCAUUAGCGACUGUGCGAGGGAAGAGAUAUAUAGUCCACACGAGCUUCCUCCCAACUGUGUUUUGCUUCCUCUUUGAUCUAUUCAUAAACACCCACGAUGGUUUGGUUUUUGUGAUUCAUGAUGCUGCUGGUUCCACUCAUUUUAAAUGUAUGUCAGCUAUUGCAAAUCUGGAUGGCAUAUUAAUUUCCUUAGUAACUUUAGUUUUGUUUAACACGUUAGAAUAGCUGUAGCUUCUGUGUUAGGUUUUGACAGUCCAUGAUACUCCAAAUUGCAUCUUUCAAUUUUGGAUAAAUUACAAAAAUGAUUAAUUAGUGUAAUAAGAAGAAUUGUAAUUCACUGAUCUUUAACAAGGGAUAGUUUGUAUACAUACAUUCUUUCCACACCAGCUACCGUUUUCAGACAUUGCUUUGAACAAAUAUUUGUGGGUUCCAUUUUCUUUUUCAUAACAUUCAUGUCUUUGAAAAUUCCAAUCUUCACAAGUAAACCCCAUGUUUUCAUGGGGGAGGCACUGUUGCAAGUUUGUAGCGCUCCACCUAUCUCUCAGCUGAUAUGCCUAGAAAUAAUACUUCACCAAAUAAAUUGCCAUCUCUUUUCCCACCUGAAUUCCUAUUGGUACGAUCAGAUGUGUUGUAUACUGUAUACUUGGGUGGAUGGACACCGGAAAUGCUACCACCAGUAACUUUUCAGGUUUAUAAAUAAACUUAACUAAUUUCUACUGUG